AUGGGGAGCAGUUAUUUUGGGGAGCCAAACAUGGGAAAUGAUCAAAGAGGAGGAGGAAAUGGAGGAGGAGGGUCUUCUUCUUCUUCAUCUUCAAGGAAAGGAAAGAAGAGUAAUUCAGACAAGCCAAAGCAACCUCAGAGAGGGCUUGGAGUGGCUCAAUUGGAGAAGAUCAGAUUACAUGGCCAAUUGGGUUGCACUUAUCACCCCUCCCUCCACUCUCCCUACUCCACUAAUUUCACCAACGAUGAGACAAGAGUGCAAACAGCUUAUUCAUCAAUACCCUCAUCCUCUUUCUCUUCUUCUUCAUCCUCUACAUCUUCUUCACUCUCUUAUGGUUUCCACCCCAACAUCAUGAUGGGGCUUGGUGAAUAUGAAAGAGCAAAUGUCAUAUAUGGUGGAGAUAAUUCCCCACAUAGUUCAACAGCAAGAUGGGACGUCCACAGUAAUGCCAUCUUGGACACCCAACAUUUUGUGCAACCAAGCAUGACGAGACACCUUCUCAAUCCGCCUCCAGUAGAGGACUCUCAGCACAACAAGAGCAAAAAACAUAGAAGUAGCUCGAUGGGUUCAAGCAGUCAGAACUCUGAAUCAAGUGACACUCAAGAGCUAGAUUUGGAGCUCAGACUCUCACUUUAA